AUGGAGUUGAGUCUGUCGUACGUCUUCUUCAAGCGAAAGCCCGUACAAUUCAUCCCCGACCCCCCCAGUCUCCGCGAUGACGACGAAGUAUGGUCAAUCGAGGCAACCAACGAAGUCUUCGUCUCUUACUCCCAAUACAUCGAACGCAUCGAAUUCCUCCGCGAAAAGGUCUUCAUGUGCGAGAUCACCGGCCACACAAACCUAACCUUCUGGGAAGCACUCCAAUCCGAAAACAACGAGAUGCGCGGCCUCGACAUGUCGUUCCCCGAAGCUCUCAAAGAACCGGUACUACGGAAAGUUCAAUUCUCCGUUGUACCGCGGAUUGAUCACCUCGUGGACCAGAUCUUCGAUGCCUUCAAAACGACAUACUUCCCCGGCGAGACAUUACACUGCGUCUUCACCUACCCUCACCCCCAAAAAUUCCAAGUCCUCGUACGCUCGAAAACUGUGCUCGGAGCUAUGCGACUCGGCGAUGGUACUGUUCGUCCCCAAACAACAAACUACUCCGUCGAACGCCUCGAUGUACCCUCCACCUCCUCAGACCGCGACAUCGUCGUAGACGAAAGCAUGCUCUCCCGCGAACGGAGUACGUUCACGAAAACCAUGCUACGGACAUUCGUCAAACAUGCAGUUACGCGUGAAGCGUGGUAUGGCGCCCCGUGGCUCGUGAAGCCGAUUUUUGCGGAGAGGUAUAAGAUUGAUCAAUCCGUGCCCACACAUCUGCGGAAACCGAAUUUGGCGGAUAUUACGAAUGGUGGUGCGGGGUUGACGACACAAGCGAGGAUAGGUAGGGGGAGGAAAGGGAUGGGUGUUGAUGGGUUAUUGGAUGAUGGGGGUGCUGAGUCCGGGACUCGGACGCCAAAGACGGAAGGAGCGGAUAAGAACCCGUUUGCGGCGCCAAAGGUGAAGGAGGCGGUGGAGGUUAUCAAGUACCCAAUUGAAGACCUUGACCUGCCAUCGCCUGGGACUGUUGCAGCACGGCCGAAGCUUAAUCGGGAGACUGCGGUGUCGUCGCACAAUGUUGAGGCGCUUCUUGAGACAUGGACGUUCCUCAAUGUCUUUUCGGAACCGUUGCUUAUUGAUUCGUUUACGCUUGAUGACUGGGUGGCAGCGCUGAAGUAUAACAACGCGGACGUACCGUGCGAGAUUAUCGAUGAGGUGCAUUGCGCAUUGUUGAAGGUCUUGGUUGAGCCGAAGAGUAGUCAGUGCGUCGUACCGUUACCAAAGGAUCUUGCAGUGGACGGCGAGGGCGUCGAAGGCGAGGAUGAGGAGAACGGAAGCCAGGCGAUGGAGGUCGAUUCACACAGCCAAGCCAAGACCGAGAACGGUGAGGCUGAAGACGUAGAAAUGGAUAACUCGGACGUGAAGGAGGAGCAGGAGGAGUCCGUUCAGGUUCAGAGAACACAUUUGGCGGAGGAGAUGCUCGAGGAGGAGGGAUCAUCGUGGCGGGUACGUCUGCAACGGCGUGACUUCCGUUCUGGUGGCUGGGAGCUCAUCCUCGUUGGUUUCCUCCAUGAGCUAACCCUUUCCUCUCGGCACGUCGACACCUGCACCGAGAUCCUCGAGCAUCUCUGCCCAAUGGACCGCAAACCCGUCGCAGAGACAGCAAAGGAGCAGUACUACACCCUCAAACCCGACCUCAAGUUGAUGGUCUUCCAAUACCUCAUGGAACUCAUCCUCCAAACCCCCCUAGUCCGCAAAUACAUCGACGAAUGCAUGGAAGACAUGACCACAAAGCGCAAAGAAAAGGUCGAAUUCCAACGGGAACGAAAAAUCCAUAUGGAAAAACUCGGAUCGGUUCGGAACUCGCUCAAGGAGAAAUUCCCGCAGAUCAAGGCGGCGGAUUUGGAGGCUGAGUUUGCGAUUGAGUUGAAUGGGGAGGAGGGGGCGGAGGGUGAGGAUGGGGAUAAUGAGACGGUUGGGACGAGGAGUGUGGUUAAUGGGGAUGGGGGAAGUCCGGAGAGUUCGCCGGUGAAGGGGAGGAAGAGGAGUAGGGCUGCGAUGGAGAGUGAUGAUACGGCCCCCAGUACGCCUGCGCCCUCGGCUGCGCUUCCGGCGCCGAUCGCAAAACUUGACAAGGCAUCACAGAAGGACUUUAUCAAGCUUCAGAAGGCGCUGGAGGCGGCGAUGAAGGAUAUCAAGCGGUGUGAAGAUGAGAUCGCCACGCUCAACUAUGACCUCGCUGAAGCAGACUGCCAGCGGCUCCGACUCCUCGGAAAGGAUCGUUUCCAUAACAGAUAUUGGUGGUGUGAACUCAAUGGUAUGCCGCAUCGGGGUAUGCCUGACUCGAGUACCUACGCGGGCUACGCGACGGGACGGAUAUGGGUCCAAGGUCCCGCACGGUCAGAUCUUGACGCUCAUCAUCUUUUGAUGAAGAAGUACAUGGGUUUCGACCCUCGGACGGGUGAUCCGAAGAAGGGUGAGGAAAUCCGCGAGGAGGCAGGCAAAACGUUCGAGGAGCGCAAGCAAAAGGAGGAAGGUCAAACGUGCAUGGAAGGCCCAUUGGAUUGGGGAUUCUACGACACCCCAGAGCAAGUCGGACAACUACUCCAGUGGCUCAAGGAGAAGGGUGUCAGAGAACUCAAGCUACGGAAUGCCAUUAUCGCACGGAAAUCCGAUAUUAUCGAAGGUAUGCGGAGUCGGGAACACUACCUUUCACAAGCCAUUAUCGAUCAUCCACCACCAGAGAAACGGAGGUCGGCGAGAGGGAAGGAGUAUGAUGGGCCUCCGGAGCACUGGCGCGUACUCAAGUGGAAGAACUUGGCCGCCAUGGAUCAUUUGGGCCACUUGCAUUCAAAGCACAAGACGAGGGCAGAGAAGGCGGGAAAGGUACCGGCUACGAGGAGAAGAAAUUAG